AAAUUAUCCAAAUAAUAGUAAGUUAUUACGUAGAUACGCUUUUUCAUGCAUUGUCAGCUCAAAAAGUAUUCGGUAUUUAGUUGUAUUGUAGUGUAAUCCGUCUAAUACUGGUGGUUGGUGUAGAACGUGUGAAAGAUUGACCUUCAACUUUUUUCUGUAUUAAUAUUUUUGAUGGCUACCCUGAGUGUUAUGUGAUAAGUUUGCUGUUGCUAAAUACAUCUAACACACCCUGAAUGAUUUGUUGAUCGAAUCAACGGAAAGAACGAAAUUUUGUGAACAUCCGUUGCAACGAGGUGCCAGAAGCAUGUCUGUUUCUAUGACGCGUUUUGUUUGAAGUGCCUGUGUGACAAUUUGUCGGAUAUUGGCAUUUUCAAGGUUUUCGACAUUCAAACCUGUGUUUCCGCAGCAGUAAAUAUCGUUAUUUUGUGGAAAAUUUGAAAAGGUACGCAUUAUAUUCAAGGUGUGGCUAUCUGCGGCUGACGCCAUAUUGUGAAUCAGGUCGCCUGCCGGUCUCGUACUCAAGAGUGGUGAACAUUGUAGUAAUUUAGCUUGAGAGUUAUCCAUCUCUUUCCAGCCAAAGAAGUUGUCGGUUUAAAACUCCCUUCUCUCACUUUGUCAUUUCGAGGGUUGGAAAAUUGAUGGUUCAUGCAGCUAUUCGUCAUCGGAUUUUAAAGGUACUGGGUGGCUAUUUAUAUAAUAUCACGAUUUUCGUCUAAACCUAAACGUGACACAUACACCGGUACAUUUGAAAUUCGGUUUGAAUCCCGGCCGCACCAAAUAACGUUUUCGAGUGCUUUAUCCCUUUUCCAGUGUUCGAUUCUGGUGAGUGUUGGAUUAUGAAUCAUAACUUGUGGGUUAUAACUCAUUGUAUUUGCAAAUUAGAUACUUUUUCGUCAUAUUUUUAUUAUCCAGAAUAAUAUUGAGUACCCAUAAGAAGUUUUUGUUUCAAAUUUGUUCAGGCGUAUUUGAUACUCAGAUCAGGGUGGAGAUGCAGACAUCUUUAACUUCCCUUUGGAUAGAGAACCAAAACCAUAGAUCAUAUACUUAACUGUUCCUCAUUUCAAGUUGCAUUCACUAUUAUUUCUCUUCUUAACCAUCAUGAAUUUUUGCCAAGAACAUCUAUAGUCAUAUGGGGUGGUCAAGCAAAAUUGUUAUUUAAGCAAGAACCAUUAUUUUGCUUGUCACAAGCUUCAGUUACUGUCAAAUUAUAAUGAUUUUCUACUACAUGUAAACGUGACACACUGGUAUAAUUGAAAUUCAAGUUUGAAUCCUGGCCACACCAAAUGAUGUUUUAGUGGUUUAUCCGUUUUCCAGCCUUCAUUUUGAAACUAGUAUUAUAUCAAAAUGUCUGCACCCGAUAAGGAUGAACUAGUUCAAAGGGCCAAGCUGGCCGAACAGGCAGAACGGUACGAUGACAUGGCGUCAGCCAUGAAGUCAGUCACCGAAACCGCAGUGGAACUUAGUAAUGAAGAAAGGAACCUGUUGUCUGUCGCAUACAAAAAUGUGGUUGGUGCUAGGCGAUCAUCAUGGAGGGUCAUUUCCUCGAUUGAACAAAAGACUGAAGGUUCCGAACGUAAACAACAGAUGGCCAAAGAGUAUAGAGAAAAGGUAGAAAAAGAACUAAGGGAGAUCUGUGAUGAUGUUCUGGGUCUUCUGGACAAAUACCUGAUCCCUAAAGCCAGCAACGCCGAAUCAAAAGUAUUCUACCUUAAAAUGAAGGGUGAUUAUUACAGGUAUCUUGCAGAAGUCGCCACAGGAGACACAAGAAAUAAAGUGGUAGAAGACUCUCAAAAGGCAUACCAAGAAGCAUUUGACAUAGCAAAAUCGAAAAUGCAGUCCACACACCCUAUCAGGCUAGGACUUGCUCUAAAUUUCUCAGUGUUUUAUUACGAAAUCAUAAAUUCACCUGCAAGGGCAUGUCAUUUAGCUAAACAGGCGUUUGAUGAUGCAAUAGCAGAGCUGGACACUCUGAAUGAAGAUUCGUAUAAGGACAGCACACUCAUCAUGCAGCUCCUCAGAGACAACCUCACGCUUUGGACGAGUGACACGCAGGGAGAAGCGGAUGAGCCUCAAGAGCCAGGUGAUAACUGAAGUGUUGGGAGUCUGUUUUUAAAAUUAUCCUUUAAAAAUGAAAUUUCAUAUAAGUUAACGUAUUUGUGGAACUUGGUUGUGAAGUUUCAUUGACAGUUUCAGUUUCACACAAUGAAACUUUUGAUAUUUAACAAAUAUUUUUAGGAGAUAUAUGUAAAAUUGUUAAAUUAAUUUACAUGUUCACACAACCAGCGUAAUUCUUGCAGCAAAGUACAUACUCUGUAAUUAAAACGUACUGUUGCAUAUUCUCUUCAUCUAGUAUAUGUAAUUUUAUGUUUGAAAUUUCAUUUUUUGCUGACAGUUGUGUGAUUGUCAAUUCUCCUGCAACAAAUUCGUUUUUAUAUUCAUUCUUAUUGUAAGAUUUUUAAUUUUAUAUAUAUAAAUGUACCUAUCUCUUCCUGAUGUGUACGAAUUCUUUUUAAGUUUCAGCACAUUUCAGUUCUAACUGGUUAAUGAUUAAAAUUAUUUAAUACCGGUUUUGUUUGAAUUUAUUUUUUUAUUUUUUUACUUUCAUUGUUACAUCUUUUCAUCUCCUUUAAAGCAUUACAUACCCUUAGUAAUCGAAAUUUUUGCACUUGCUGCAUGGGCUUCUUGAGCCUAUUGCUAUUAUCCAUUCUACCUUGACCCCUAUGUUUACCGUCAAACACUCAUUUUGGAUGUGCUAUAUAAAUGUAUGAAUAUGUAUCAAAAUAAACAUGCUAUCAAGCUCUAUUUGUUUUCUGUUGUAUCUGUCAAGUAUUAUUGUCAGAUAUUAAUAAAUAUUUAAAGCCAU